AUGCGGGACAUCUUUCCAACUCCUGUAGAUGAAAACCAGCUCUUCGACACCGUGCUGGUUUCUGAUGACGGAUCCUUCAGAGAGACCGGUCCCGGAAGAGCUGUUGCUUCCGAGCCUUUAGAGUCUGGCAGUGGCAGCCCGAGGGCAGACUCUGGUCCACUGAACGAUGAUAUUAUCCGCAAUGCGUCGUCUCAACCCAGGGACGAAGCAGUUGCAGAAACUAUUGACACAUGCGAAGCACCGCAAGGUCAGAGCACUGAGGAACCCGGAACAGCCGGGACAUCGGAAGAAGGCAGCCUCGGCCUCUACUUCUCAAGCCUUGAAUCGCCCAUCGACUGGGACGAUAGUGCGCUCGCAAACGCCUGGCUCGCCGAGGGGUCUGUUCCGCCGAAUUCCGACAUGGCGGUCCCACAGCGCAGCGCCAUGAGGGAACAUGCAUCGCGACCGUCAAGCAUUGCGAGCACGAGCUGCAAUUGCAUCAACCGCACCAUUGCUUCAGUCGAGCAGUUCAAGUCGUCGCCCAACACGGCGGCACUAACCGAAACCACCUUGGCGGCGUACAAAAUGUCCAUUGUUGACUGUGAGAAGCUCCUAUCCUGCGCUCACUGCUACGCCUCGACGUCCGCAACCAUGCUGGUCAUCAUGGUCUCGGACAAGCUCAUCGCCUCGUACCAGCGAUUGUACGCACGUGGCAGCAGGUCGUGGACAUCGGAGUCGCCCGUGGACCCAAUCCCGUUCGAAGAUCAUGUGGCCGGCGCGGCAGAUGUCCACCACGACCAGACGUACCCUCCGCGGCGGAUGUCUCUCGGCGAGUACCCCAUCGAUUGCGAGCGGGAGUGGGCCCACAUCAUGGCGCUGCUGAUCUCUCUCCAGCUCACACGCAUCCGGGAUCUGCUCGAGCGGCUGCGCGUGCGGGUGCUGGCCACCGACGAGCUGCAGAUGCAAAUCAUCCAGCAGCAGGAAACCCGUCUGCGACACAUCAUGGCCCAUUUCCAGAAGAGGGCGAAGGUCUUUGUUCCAUAG